AUGCAAUUAAUAAUAUUUCCAGGAGCUUUUCAGACCAAAUGCCUGGAGCGUCACUUCUGGUCGUCUGUCAGGUCCAGCUUCCUCGGCCCGUCGACCCGUUUAGACUUCGAGGACGGGUCUGGAUACCACAUCCUGUCUGACCGGGAGGGCGCUCUCUGUGGCUACACCCUCCUGAUCGAUGAUGUCGGAGACCUGGUGUUUCGAGCCUCCUUCCGGGCCUGUCACGUCCACACCCAGACGGGCACAGACUAUCACCUGCGUGUCUGGUUUGUGAACCUCCAGGUGGAGGGGAAGGUGCUCGGGCGGCUCCACCUCCAGCUCACCUGCUCCCUCAAGGAGCGAUGGAGCUCCAGGGAGAUCGUGUGUGAGGAAAACUACAUGGAGGUGUCCCUCUAUCUACCUGCCCUGCCUAUGAAAUCUGAAAAUGACGAGAAGGCAGAGAUGGCUGUGAUGUUCCACAGAGCGGACCGGCCGUCAGAGAGAGCCACGGUGUUCUCCCUGACCGAAGCGGCUGCUCUGAGCUACCACAUCUCGAUGAGUGGCUCACGUCUCACCCUCCGCUGCCCCUACUCUUCCCCUCUCUCCUACAUCACAAAGGUGACGGGAGUAGAUUUGGAGAUUGUCAGUGCAACCAUGCUUUACCGACUCCAGAGCAACUUCCUCGCUGUUGACACCACUGUCGCCUGUGUCCUGAAUGAGGCGACAGCAGAUGGGUUGGACCUGCUGUGGACUCUCCCUUUCAUUCUGUCUCCUCUAGUCCACGGGCCGUUCGGGGACAGAGGCGUGAGGGUGGGGGUUCACGGCCGAGCUCUGAGUGAAUCUGACGCCAAAGAGAGACGAUACAAGAUCGGCCUGAAGGAGGGGAGAGUGGAGGUCAGGAUUCCUACAGGAGCCUCAGGUGGACACAUCAAGAGCGGUGUUGUCAGGGGACAGUACGGACAGCACAUGUCAGUCGAUCUGUUUUUCAUGAGGCAGUGGGAGGAUGAGCGGUGGCCUCUCACACAGCUCCGCUCCCUCAGGCUCCUGAAGACUCCACUCAUCCCUCAAAGCCUUUUCUUAACCAGGAAAACAUCUGAGGGAUUCUUUUCCGUUACCUUAGGCCCGUUCGCUCCUGAUGUCUCGGUUCAGAAGGUCACUGUAGAUGGAGGCGGUGACGUUCUAACCUGGAACCAAAGCCACCAAAGUCAGAGUGGUGCAGACUUUCUGGUUUCCAGACUCUCUCACGUCAACGGGAGCAUCUCCGUCCAGCUCAGUUUCCUGUUUUCGCACCCAAAAAUAAUCCCAGAGUUUAUAGGUGCUGGGUAUACAACGUACAGCUUCACUUUUAUCUUCACUCUAAACAUCUCACCCAAUAAAGAAGUGUUUUACCAUCAAGUCGCCAUAGAGCAUAGUGUCGAGUACACAGCACCAGAUUCACCCCGACUGGAGGGGAAGUGCACAGCGAACAGCCUGCUGGUGCUGCUGCACCACGGGGCCCAGGCCGAGCUGCAGUGGGAGCUCUACCUCGGCCCCCGGAAGCUCGACUGGGAGCUGGUGGAGAUGGGCGGGUUCUUGGUGGAAUCUCAUAACGACUACUUAACUGUGGAGAUCCCUCUGUACAGCCCCGGGAUGAACUACGAGGACUUGACUUUGUGGAGUCUCGUCGGCGGAGUGCACGUGUUCAUUGUGGAUGCAGAGUCUCUGAAAGUGCGGGACAGCCUUCUCCACAAAUGCACGUUUCCUGUGACAGAACUUUUAGUGUGUCUGCCUGAAGGGAGAAUGAUGGCCGUGGUCGACACCACCCACACCAUCCCGCCCACUCACCCCAACCGCACCACUCUGCUGGACCCCGGCUGUGCUCCAAUGGAGACGGACAGUGCCAGAGCUCUGUUCAACUUCAGCCUGGACUCCUGCGGGACGACCGUCACUACUGAGGGGAAUUUCCUGCUCUACGAAAACCAGAUCAGCUACAACCAAGAUUUACUGCCUCCGGAUGAUCCUGUUAUACACAGAGAUUCUCCGUACAGACUGACGAUCCAGUGUCGCUACCCUGCAAACGAGAGCAGUACUCUGUCUCUCCCUUAUCCUGGGUACUCACCUCGGGACCUUUCACCCACGAUGCCGGUCAAUCGCACACGCAGGGAAGCAAACAAAGGUCAAAGAGAAUGGAGGGUGAAUUUGUAGGAACAACAUCAAGGUAUCGGUGGUGUAAAACUAUUAAAAUCAUUAAAGCUGUGCAAAAUACAUAUUUACCUCAGUCACAGUCUUCCCUCUGAUUUGUCUCAGUGCAAUCUUUUGAAUACAUUUAUUUGAUGUUUAGCCUCUGUCUCCUUUUCUGCCCAUGUCUCCACCCAGCUGCUGCUCGUGAUCCACACAUUUGUUUUUAGA